UCUGCCCAGCAUCAUCAUUCUAUCAUCGUCGGGGUCUGGCUGCCUGGGAUAGCAGAAAUUGCUGGUUGUUGUAUUUGCGACGGAACUGUCAAAGCUCAAUCGCUUUGGCUGAAGCAUGUGGGAUUAAAAGAAAAUAAAAGGACAAAAUACCUCCCUGGAUUUUGUUCCACGAUACUGUCUCUGCUUCGAAAUGUCGGGGAAAAUAGAGAGUAAAUCAGACUCCCAACGCUCCCAUUUGUCUUCCUUCACCAUGAAGCUUAUGGACAAAUUCCACUCUCCCAAAAUCAAAAGGACACCCUCAAAGAAAGUUAGUAAGCCGCCUUUAGAACAUGGCGUCAAGACUGCGGAGAAACCUGCAAACAAGAGUCUGAGUCGGUUAGAAGAGCAAGAGAAAGAUGUGGUCAGUGCCUUGCGUUACUUCAAGACCAUCAUUGACAAGAUGGCGGUGGACAAGAAGGUGCUGGAGAUGUUACCAGGCUCUGCCAGUAAGGUCCUGGAGGCCAUCCUGCCUUUAGUCCAAGUGGACGCAAGGAUCCAGCACAGCUCGGGGGUGUCCUCCUGUCUGAACCGUGUGUACCAGAGUCUGGGCAAUCUCAUCCGUUGGUCUGACCAAGUCAUGCUGGAGGGGGUCAACCUGGAUGAUAAAGAAACCAUCGUUACCGUCACCACUGUGAUCAAGGCAGUGCUUGAUGGUGUUAAGGAGCUAGUGAAACUGACCAUAGAGAAACAGGAGAAUCCUUCCCCCACGUCUCCUGUCAAACCAGUGCCAGUGGCCACCCCACCCGAAAGUGCUGCUGAGCCGCCUGCCAAUGAGAAGGAGAGUCUGGACAAGAGCUCAGCCACGUCCCAAUCUAUGGAAGUCCUGACUGAACCCACUGUAGAGGAGGAGGUGGUGGCUCCGCCAAAACCCCCUCUCCCUGGCCUCAAGAUGGCUGAACACAAUCCUCCAGCUCUCCCUCCAAAGAAGCGCCAGUCUGCCCCCUCCCCCACUCGGGUGGCAGUAGUGGCCCCCAUGAACCACGCCACCAGUGGCUCCAGUCUUCCCAUGGGCAUCGGCGUCCACAAACAGGAGUACGAGGUGGAUGCCCUGCAGCGGCGCUUCUCUGGGGGCAGCCAUUACUACAGAGGGGAGUCACCGCGCAUAUCCCCCUGCAAUAGCAUGGGCAAGCUGAGCAAGUCCGACGAGCAGCUGUCCUGGACAAUGGACAGUGGGCAGUGCUCACGCAACACCAGCAGUGAGGCUCUGGACACCACAGACCACUACGACCCGGACUACGACUUUCUGCACCAGGACCUGUCCAGCCUGGAGCAGAUGACUCCUGUGCCAGUGGGAGCGUGCCUCAGCCCCCUGCCUGAGUCCCACAGCGAGUCUUCCUCCCCCUGCCCUGGCCCCGGUCCGCCGCUGGCACAGCCCCACUUCAGCCCCCUCCAGGGCUCCUCCGUGUCCCCCCUCUACUCCCGCAUGACUUCCGCCCUGCCGCCCCCUGCCCUGCCGGAAAAGAAGCGCCGAGGUGGCGCCUGCUCGGGCUUUUCCGACGGCUCCUACUCGGGCUCCUCCUGGUGCAUUUCCUUUGAGCGCCACCCAUCCCAGUAUGACAACCUCAUGGAGGAGGACCUACCGCCUGUGCCCCCCUUCCCCCUGUUCACGCCCGACAUCUCGCCCCUGUGCCACGCCGCCGGGGGGUUUGUGUCCGAGUUCAGCGCCAGCGAGAUGACAGACGUACCUCAGAGUCCACCUCCACUCCCUGAGAAGAAGAGCCGUCACAUACUGAAGUACAUGCAGUUUGUGGAAGACUACUCGGAGCCCCAGCCCUCGGUUUUCUACCAGAUGCCACAGAGCAAGAGCAUCUAUGAGCAACGCAACAAGCGCUUCCAGGAAGUCUACGGCUUCAACGACUCGUUUAGCAGCAGCGACUCUGUCCACGAGCCCCUCCCACCCCCGGCACUGCCACCCAAACAGAGGCAGCUGGCCUCCCACUCUGCCUCUUCCUCGUCCUCUUCCUCGUCCUCUCUCUCCUGCCACCUUCAGCAGUCGCAGGCUGCAGUGGUGGUGGAGGAGGAGACUGGGGCUGCUCUCAGCAUGUCAGUCUCUAACUCCUCCCUGACCACCCCCAUGAGCAUGGACCUAGCGGCCCUGGGCAGUGGCAGCCCUGACCCUGUGCUGGUGGCCAACGGCUCUCUGGACAGCUCUGGUGGCUCUCUGGCUAUCUGUCUUCUUACUGACUCUUCUUUCUCUGACACUCGUCAAACCUCUUUGAGUGAAAGCGCUAACGAGGAAGGCGGGGAGGGAGAGUACGUUAAUCUGUACACAUCCAGCCAAGCCAACGGAGAUGGGCUCUCCCGCCGAGACUCGUCUGCCAUAGAUGACUCACUGGAGGACACUGCCUCAGAGAACCCACUGUGCAAUAACAAGGACAUGUCCGAUGACCGCCGAAGACAAAAGUCCUCUGAAGAUGGGCAGAGUAGCGAGGAGACUGAUGAGCUUUCCCUCAUCGAUCACAUGGAGAUCAUGUCCCGGUUAACACUAAAGCAGGAGAACGACGACGGUCCAGAUGUCCGAGCCGGAUCGGGAGAUAUUUUAUUAGUCCACGCCACAGAAACGGACCGCAAAGAUCUUGUCUUGUACUGUGAGGCUUUCCUGACGACGUACAGAACGUUCAUAACCCCAGAGGACCUCAUCAAAAAGCUGCACUGCAGAUACACCAGGUUUUGUCACUGCCCAGAUACCUUCAAGAAGAAAGUCAGCAAAAACACCUUCUUUGUUCUGGUCCGUGUGGUGGACGAGCUGUGUCUGGUGGAGAUGACGGAGGACAUCCUGAUGCAGCUGAUGGACUUAGUGUUCAGGCUGGUGUGUAACGGUGAGCUGAGCCUGGCCCGUGUGCUCCGCACAAACAUCCUGGACAAGGUGGAGCAGAGGAAGCUGCUGCGCUACACCUACUCCCUCAAACCACUGGCCGCAAGAGGUGUUGCCGCCAGACCUGGGACCCUGCACGACUUCCGAAGUCAUGAGAUCGCCGACCAGCUAACUCUCCUGGAUGCAGAGCUCUUCUACAAAAUUGAGAUCCCUGAGGUGUUGCUUUGGGCUAAGGAGCAGAACGAGGAGAAGAGUGCCAACCUCACACAGUUCACAGAGCACUUUAACAACAUGUCCUACUGGGUCCGCUCCAUAAUCAUUCUGCAGGAGAAAGCCCAGGACCGAGAAAAGCUCCUCCUCAAAUUUAUCAAAAUAAUGAAGCACUUACGGAAGCUAAAUAAUUUCAACUCAUAUUUGGCAAUAUUAUCUGCCUUGGAUUCAGCUCCCAUCCGAAGACUGGAGUGGCAGAAAACAACCUCAGAGGGCCUAGAGGAAUACUGCACGUUAAUAGACAGUUCCUCGUCGUUCCGGGUCUACCGAGCAGCACUGGCAGACGUGGAGCCCCCAUGUAUACCGUAUCUGGGUCUUAUCCUCCAGGACUUGACCUUUGUCCAUCUGGGCAACCCUGAUCAAAUCAACGGGAAGGUCAACUUCUCCAAGCGCUGGCAGCAGUUCAACAUCCUGGACAGUAUGAGGCGCUUCCAGCAGGUCCAUUAUGAUCUGAAACACAACGACGAUAUUGUCUCCUUCUUCAACGACUUCAGCGACCACCUGGCAGAGGAGGCUCUGUGGGAGCUGUCUUUGAAGAUCAAACCUCGGAACAUCACGCGGCGCAAAACAGAGCGCGAAGAGAAGACAUAAGAACAUGUCCCAGUGUAUUGGGCCUUGGGUCAUUUUACAAACUCUUCAUGAUUACAAGAGACUACAAACGAGAACUGUGAAGGCAGCUAAAAGACUGGGAUGUUUUUUUGUUAGUAGUUUACAGGACCUCUCCGAUUUAGGAUUCUCUGUUGUGGAUUGCACUGGGUCUCAGUCCGUGUGUGAGUAAAGCCAGUGGGAUAGACACUGUGCAGAGCACAAAGUGUUGGGAGGCUGGCAAAAACAUUCCUCAUGUUCACCUUUGUCGCCAACCUCAUCCACCCAAUGCCAUAUUAUGGGUAUAGAUAGUCCAAGCAUUUCAGGAUCUCACAACCAGAGACAUUGUCCUGACUAAAACCAUAUCAUACUGAUGUGUGCCAUGGGAAACACCACUCGGUGUCAUUCAGUUAAGGCUUUUUUUUAUACGGGACACCAGCCCUUUUUUUGAUGACACAAACUGGGGUGCCAUAACGCCUGACAUGGCAGAGAACCGCUGAAGGUGGUGCAGAACUUUGAGGCAAAUACCUCAAAUCACCCAGGUCUGCUUCAAGACUACUGGUGGUAAAGAUAUUACUGAUGCACAUAAGACUACAUUUUGUAGUUCAAGGAAGUGUUGUAUGAUACUGUCUGACUGAUGCAAUGCAGUUUUCCUUUUGUUCUUUAAAAGGAUGUGAAAAGGAUACUUCAGAAAUGGGGAGAAGUGAUAUGAAGUUUAUAUACAGUACCAGUCAAAAGUUUGGACGCACAUACUCAUUCAAGUGUUUUUAUUUUUACUAUUUUCUACAAACUAUGAAAUAACAAACAAAAAAAGUUUUACCUUUAUUUAACUAGGCAAGUCGGUUAAGAACAAAUUCUUAUUUACAAUGACCCCGGCCAAACCCGGACGAUGCUCCCAAUCACGGCCGGAUGUGAUACAGCCUGGAUUCAAACCAGGGACUGUAGU